GUGAAACGUGACAUCUACAACCUACGCGACUCAGGCUUCCCACUCGAGAAAGUCAAACCGCCGACGCCUGGCCCACUCCCGAUAAUCGGGUAUUGCUGCAUCUACUGGGUCAAUCAUUUAGAAGAGAACAUUACGAAUCAGGAUGAAGGCAGGAAUGUACGCGGCGGUGGAAUAGCAGAUAGCUUCUUGCGGAAUAAGGCUCUCUACUGGAUUGAGGCGCUGAGUCUACUACGUGGCAUCUUAGAUAGCAUCGUUACAUUAGAGGGUCUUAAGUAG